UAUGUGUCCUGUAGGGGCCCUUACUAGACUGCCUGACUGCCUGACUGCCUGUUUGGGAGACGAGUGAAAUGAAGGACCCAAGUCUCAACAACAUCGCCGUGAAUAUGACGAUUAGCAACGAGGUGAUCCUGAGCAACCAGUUGAUCUCAGACGAGAACCCGUUCGCUGAGUACAUGUGGAUGGAGAACGAGGAGGAGUUCAACAGACAGACUGCUGGCGCAUGUGUGCAGGUGGAGGAGGAGCUGUGGGAGGAGGAGUUCAUUGAGUGCUGUUUCCAGGAGAUGUUGGAGGAGGAGGAGCAGUGGGAGUGGUUCAUCCCGUCCAGAGACCUCCCCUCUCAGACAGUCAGUCAGCUACAGGAGCAGAUCAGUCUGCUGGUCCUGGAUGCAGACGCAGAGGCAGACUUUGACGUCGCGAUCAACAGCAGCCUGAACCCCAACGCCAAGGAGUUCACCCCAGGGAUCCAGAAACACAUCAUGUGACCCAGCCAGGCCCCUCCUCUCCCGCCUCAGUCCACACUGUGACAUCAUCAACAAGAUGUCUGCCGUAUUCUCCAGUCGCCACUCCACCUUCAGCCUGACAUGUUGCCAAAGUUCUGCGCUUGCCUCACCUGUUCAACUUCACAGUACAGUUACUCUUAGUUACUAAUUACUGCUGCUAGUUGCUGCAGUCCCCCCGUCUGUUUGUGGUAACUGAAUGUAAACCAGUAGAGGAGUGUCUGUGUGUAGCCUCAGUCCAGAACAAACCGGUUUACAUAUUCUCAGCUUUUAUUUGCACUUUUUAUUGUAUCAAUUCUGAAAACAAACAUUUUAGUCGACCUCUGUCACGUUCAGAAUCUGCUCGCAUCAGAGAGCACUUUUCAGCUCCUGAUUUGUUUCACAACGUUAGAGCCUGGUUCGUUCACUUUAGACCCGGUUCUCUCUGCUUUCCCAGCGUCCUGUGUGUGUGUGUGUGUUUUGGGUUUUUUUUAUCCCCCUGGGUCCCUUUUGGUCCCUCUUUGACCCUGUUAGUACCCGCUGGUCUGUCUUUGCCCCUGCUGGUUCCUAUCGACCCCCAGAGCAGCCGGCUGUCUCCCACCUCAUUAAUUGAUGUUUGUGUUGAGUUUUUCUACAUGCACAUAAAGUACUGUAUAAAAAGUCGUAUAAUGAAAAAAGUUGUUAAAAAAUCUAUUUUUUCUUAAACUAUUUGAAAAUAAAUGUA